AUGUCACAAAGCAAAGAGCUUGUAAUCGCAAAUAGCCCCGACUUUGUUACGGAGCUUCUUCCAUCUGCUCGGCGUACGGCUUUGCUCUACCAUCUCGCUUACCUGGGUUUGGCUAAGUUCCCUAAUUUGGAGAGGAUUCUUAGAGAACGUGCUGUUGAAUCCCAGCUUCUCUUUGGGUCCUCUGAAGCUCUUCUGCUGAAGUGUGCUGCCACAAGUAAAAACCUGGUUACCACACUGUUGCCUGCACUUAAGGUUGCUGUUGAAAAGGAUAAAAGCAUUUUGGCCAUUAGGUCCGUGGAAAAAGCAAGAGCAUGGAUCACUGAAAUUGUUGACAAAGUGGAACAGAUGGAGCAGAGAUAUGAAAAACACAUCGAUAGUGUGGGUACAUGCACCAAUGACGUGAAUAAAGUAAAGGCUGACACAGAGGAAAUAUUUCAAGAAAUACAGGCACUGAAGGAAGCGGUGCUCAAAGAAGAAAAUAAACUAAAGAAAAAUAGUGAAGAAAUUAAACAAAUUGAUGAAAUGAUUGCACUGAAAAACCAAGAACUGCAUAAUUAUAUCAGAGAGGCUUCUAGAAAACGUAAGCGUUGGGGUUUCUUCACUGCCCUCGUUCCUUUCGUUGGACCCUUGGUUAAUGCGAUUUUUGGUUCUAAAAUUGACGCCGGUCUUGCUGAAAAAAUCCGGGCUCUUUCCAACGAGUUGUCUCAACUCUCCAAUGACAAGUCAAACCUGAAAAACUUAGAAUGGAGCAUCCAUGUCAGGUUGACUGACAAGCAGCUGGAACUGGCACGCAAAACAAUAGAAAAAAAGUUAAUACCCAACCCUGUCCAUCUGGAAGAUGUCCAUACUUGCCUCAGCCGAAUCCAACAAAUUCUGAUUCAGAUUAAGAUGUUCUGGGAAUCGGUGAGUGUAAUGCUGGAGACUCUCAAAGAAGAAACCUUUGCUAAUGAACACUUCAUCGAGGAUAGUGAAAUGAAGGACAUCUUUCUGGAAUCUAUUACUACAGCACAGAAGCAUUGGAAGGUCUUCGGUGAAUCCUGCCUGUAUGCCAAGGGCAUCUUUAGCUUGCAGAGUAAGAAUGCGUAUAAAUUCCUGGAGAUCAGCCCAUCUUCACUGUCACCAGAUGAAUGGAAAGAACAUUACAAUGCUGUCAUUGUGGAGCUGAACAAAAUAAGUCCUGAUCCCUUCACUCCUAAAGCUCGGGCUGCCAUUAGUAAUGUAGUACCUUAA